AUGGAGAAGAUUGUCCGAUUGUUCAGCUUAUUCGCGAUUGCCUUGACAGCAGUGCUGGAGCACAGGCUAUUUCACAGUGGGGACGCGCCCACGCGCCUCCUCCCCGACCCCGGCCCCCGAUCGGCAGCUCCCCGAAUUUGGGCUCGGGCAGCUGUCGCCGUCCAGCAGGCGCCGGCCGGCGCUUCUGUCAACGCCACUAGACGCCAAGUCGAGGCUGCAGAACAAGGCGGCGCCCUCGACGCUCGAUCCUCGACAUCGCAGCUCCCUUUUGGCCUUCUUGCCUCGAUCUCUGUUCUCGAUUAUCGCGUUGCUGCCCCGGCAAGGCCCCUGCCGCAACGAUGUUACACCCAAGGGAGGCGGAAGAUGAGGGUCAGGCCCCAGCGAGCCCAACAUGUCUCGAAAAUUCGCCUCCGCCUGAAUCUGGGCCCCCGCGUCCUGCCGCCGUGA